GUGUGUGUGUGUGUGUGUGUGUGUGUGUGUGCGUGUGUGUUUUUAUGCUUCAUAUGAGAAUUAAAAACAGCAAAUGUCUCUAAGGACAAUCGAGAUUUAACAGGAUACCCAUCACACUAGAAAUACAUAAGAGAAGCAAUUGUCAUUACUUUAAUUGGCUAAAAUUAUUUAUUUGAAAUAAUAAAAUAGUGAAUUAACAGUUUAUCAAUUAUUGUUCUCAUGUGUGUAUGUGUAGAUAUUGAUAUUAUCUAUCUGACAUCUUGCACAUACAUAAUCUUUAACCGGAUUUGCUAAAGAUGCUCCAACCACAAAUUUUACCACAGCUGAAUAUGCUGUUCUCUUGAUGUAUGUGUGACUUAGUUGAAAUUAUAAUAUUGUAUUGGUUAAAGAUUUACACCUGUGAAAUUUCAGAAACAUCAUUCAAAAUGUAUUGCAUACAUGUGUUUUUUUUUGUUUGUUUUUAUUGCAAAAAUGGGAGGUGGGGUAUGUGUGGGUGUAAAAUUAAUGUAUAUGACCACAGCUUGUUCCUGCAUUGGGGUGUUUGUUAAUUUGAACAGGAAAUGCUAUGAUACAUGGUAAUGAACAUUGGUAAUAUUACAGGCUUCAGUUCCUACAAUCAUGUUUACAAAUAACAUGCUUCCAUAGUCUUACAUUAACCAAAAGAGCACUUGAGAGACAGGGACACGGUGAAGCGAUCAUCCCCUUAGCACAUUCUUUCCAAUCAUUACAGCACGAUUCUCUGAAAUCACACAUUCUACUGAAGAGUAAGUAACAUCAAUUGUCAUUUAAUUGUCCCCAUUGCCUUUUUAUGUUUGAAAUCAUUGCAAUUACUUGCAUGCUGUGUUUUGUUUGUGCAUUUAGUAAGUCUGUUGGCGUGCUCUUCAGUUCUAGCAGUUUGUGUGUGUGUCUGUGUGUAUGUAAUAUAUUAAAAAUGUGGGUAGCGCCCAAUUGGCACGACUGAUUCUUUUGCUCGUGCCUGAGGUAAAAUACAAGUGAUGUGCACACGCAGCAGUUGUCGGCUGCAUUUUGUAAUCAUUUACUAACGUUCUCGACAAGACGACAUUAUUUCUUUGUGAUGUGUACAGAUAGCUAUGGUCUGUUUUCAUUAAAAAAAAAAAAAAAAAAAAAAAGCCUUUGAUGUGAUCUUUUAUACGCAACUUAUCGCAAUGACCUUACUUGAGCAACUUGUUUAGUUUUGUCUUUGUUAAAAAUGGUUUGAUUUAUAUUGGGUGUAUUUACACUGAGGGGAUACCAAAUUUAGACAGCUGACAAUAGCAUAGAGUGGCUGUGUCACUUGCUAUCUAUGCAUUUCAGGCAGUGGGGCUGCUAGAUAUGUGAAACGUGCACAUUAUGUCUACCUGUGCCCCAUUGUCACACACAAGUGAUUUGAUUGACAUUAUGUGUUUAUAUAAUGUAUAUGUGUGUGUGUGUGGCUGCUUGUUCAGGGGUAGGGGGCCCACAAGUGUAUGCUUGCCUAGAACCCAGUGAUGGGUUAAUCCGGCCUUGAUUGUUAUUAUUUAUUUCGUAGCAGACACCCUUAUCCAGGGGGCUUUACAGUUAUUACAAAGUAUCAAAAUGCAGAUAAUAGCAAUUAUAGAAAACAAUAAAAAUCAGUAGUAAGGGCAAAUUCAAAUGACAGAAAAUGAGAAAUACAGUAAAUAAUUACUUUCAGAGUGAUUACAACUAAGCAGUUAAACUUAAAUAUAUUUGGUUAUAAGAGUAAAGUCGAUUAAGAGCAAGUAGUAAUAUACAAUAAUGGAUAAGAACGAUGUCAAAUAAGAGCAAUUGCAAAAAUAAAUGUGAAUACGGUUACCUUUAAGAGUAAAAUCAAGUAUACGACACAGCAACUAUAUGAUUGAGAGCAUUAGUAAAAUACAGUGAAGUGCAGAGGGUUGAGUGUAAGUGCAAGUAAAUACAAGUACUGAUACAGUUGGUUGCCAUAUAGUCCAGUAUAGCCGAGAGUUGUGAUGUUUACAGAUGCUGUCUGACCAGGUGUGUGUUGAGGAGGUGCUGGAAGGUGGUCAGGGACUGAGCAGUCCUGAUAUCCGUGGAUAGGUUGUUCCACCACUGAGAGGCAAGAGUGGAGAAGGAGAGAGCUCUGGAGUGGGGGGUGUACAGCCAAUCUGCCGAUGGCAGAGGAGCGGAGUGGGCGAGAGGAGGUGUAGAAGAAAUAAUAGUCUGGAGGUAGGAGGGUGCAUAAAGGUCGAGACAGCGACAAGCAAGUACCUGGCCAUAGAUUCGAAACAGGCUAGUCUCUUCCUCAUGAAGCAAAACAGAAAAAAACAAUAGUUUUUCCAGAUAGUGUUUUUCUUAUACUGAUAACGUUUUACAGAAUCCUGAUGCAAUGUUUUUAGUAUGCGCAAUGUUAACACAACUCGUAGCCUUCAAUUAUUGUGUUUCUUAUAUAUACACACACUUUGAACCCGACCCUUUUCAAUCAUUUUUCUUCACAGCUUUGACCACACAGCCUAAAUGAACACCGCUCAUAUUGUCCACUUUAAUCAAAUGAGAAAUGCCUACAGACAGUAUCUACUGAGUUAAUUUCAAUGAAACCCGAUAUAUCCUCCACCUGCUCGCUUGCUUAGCCUGCCACUGUAAGUAGAGGCUCCGGGGGAAAUCAGCGAAGGUGCGCGAAGAGGGAGGGGUGCAUACUGUAUCUUCUGUUCUUGACACUGGAGUGUUUUGCUGUUGUAGCUGAGAUGCGGACCGGACAAACCAGCUAUACCUGUUGAAUGGAUUAGGUACAUACAUGACUCGAAAGCGGUGAUAUGAAUCAAUAUAGAAGUACUGCGCUGAAUUCCAGUUGACGGUGAUAUAUCCAGCCAUGGCGGCGACUAAGACUGCUGUUAAACAAAUGCCCAAUUCGAUCAUAGCAGCGGGGAAGGAGAACGUCAGCAAGGUAUCUCCUCAAACAAAGACGCGGCUCCAAAAGAACCCGGUUAAGGUGCUCAAGCUGACAAAGAGCCCAGUCUUUCCGGCUCAAGAUGUUUGCGACUGGGAAGCGCCGGGGGAUUCAGCGGAACAGAGUCCCGCAGGGGUGGUCGCUGGAGCCCCCCGCUGCAGGAAGAGAGGAUACCGCCCCCCCGAUGUGAGAACCAUCUUUGAGCCGCCAGGGAAAGAUCCCCGAGUGAGAGAAGAGAGAGGAGAGGGGCACAGUUUCUGUGCGGGCACCGCCGGGGCUUGGUGUGACCACUGCUGCCACUACAUCCUGCAAAGCAGCCUUGUAUGUUCAGAUUGCAAGUAUACCUGCCACCCCCAUUGCAGAGACCUGGUGACGUUGGACUGUCACCAGAAUGGCAAAUCAGUGGAGCCCCCCUCCUCGCUCGAUGUGGGGGAUCAUGCCAAUAACAAUUACCACCUGCCGGAUGUGGAGAAAGAGCGAGAGCUGCGCACACACCUCAGCAAAGAAGAAAUCCGACAGAAGGUUGAGCUCUACAACUCCUCAGUUAUAGACCACCUGAAAAUGACCCUGAAUCCUGUUGGCUCCUACACGGGUUUCAUUAAAGUCCAGAUGGAGCUACGGCGACCCAUUACAGUGCGUGGCCCCAGGGGCCCAGCACACAGCAGCGAGGACGCCUUCUACCUGCCCAAGGGCUCCGUCAACACCCUACACAUCAGCAGCGGCAAUACCGCGAGGGAGGUCAUUGGGGCGCUGCUCAGCAAGUUCAUGGUGGUGGACAACCCCGCCAAGUUUGCAUUGUACAAGCGCUUCUGCAGGGAAGACCAAGUGUAUGUGUGUAAGUUGUCGGAUGGGGAGCACCCACUGUACCUGCGAUUGCUGGCGGGACCUGACACAGACACUCUGAGCUUUGUACUGCGCGAGCAACAGACAGGAGAAGUGAUGUGGGACGCCUUUUCUAUUCCAGAGCUCCAGAACUUCGUUCGGAUUCUGGACAAAGAGGAACGGGACCACCUGCGCUCCCUGACGAGGCGUUAUGCCACCUACAAGCAGAAACUGGAGGAGGCGAUGCAAGGAGAGAGGAAGCCAGGCUAACAGGGAGCCAAACAAAGCUUGGAGGCCACAGUAGCAUGCAUUUAGCAGGGACUGGCAUGUGAAUGCAGGACUGGCUGCUUUGGAAAAAUAAAUGGAGUGCUUUUAUUUGGUGCACGGGCUACCAUAAACUGGAACUUUUGGAUCUGAGCAGUUGGUUGCAUUUAACAGCUUGCACGCUACAAAUAUUUAUUGACGUCUGCAAGUGUGUUAAUGUUACUUGUCAUCUAGCAGUCUGCCUGCCUGUCUCGGCAGGUUACCUCUGCAGCCUGUGAAUCUGAAAGACAAUAUUUGGUCAGUCAAUUGUUUUUAUUUUAUUUGUAUUUUAUUGUAUAUGAUAUUUUGUAAUUGUAAUUUUUUUCGUCACUUUUUA